UAAUAAUAAACCUGAUUGUGUUUGUGUUUGUUUGUUGGGGAGGGGGGGUGGGGAUGGGAAAGGGGCGUGGAAUAAGCCAACAUCACAGGCUAAUGCAGCUUCCCACCAUGCCAUCAAUCUCCGUCUGUGGAGCGUCUGACCGUCACCCGGGUUGCCUUCAUCCGUCCUGUCACCCGAAGGACUCGGCGUCGGACCGGCUGGGUCGGAUCUCUGGGCCUCUCCAGUAGCGGGAUGAAAGCGACGUGGUGAUUAAAAGGAGCAUCUCCUCCCCGUCUCUCUCUUCUCCAGAAGCGGACCCCGGCUUUAUUCUCCUACCGGCGGAGACAUGAGGAACCCACUGGCCGAUUUAGCCCUGACAUUCUGGCUGUUUCUAGAGUGUGUAGAAGCAAAAAAGUAUUGCUGGUAUUUUGAAGGCGGAUACCCCAUCUACUUCAUAUGUCGCUCCUAUGAGGACUGCUGUGGGACUCGCUGCUGUGUGAGAGCCCUGUCCAUCCAGAGACUAUGGUACUUCUGGGUGCUGCUGAUGAUGGGAGUGUUGUUCUGCUGUGGUGCUGGUUUCUUCAUCCGCAGAAGGAUGUAUCCGUCCCCUCUGAGAGACGAGCCAGCGUUCAACGUCUCCUUCACCAGGCACCCUGUCACCACACCAGUUUCCCAGCAACCAGGAAGUAUGCAGGGCUUCGGGGUCAACGGGAUGACAGGUGGUGACCCGGGGGUUACCAUGACGCACCCAGCAUACACUGCACAGCCUGGCUCCGCCCAUAUGAUGAUGAGCUCCUACCCUCCACCUCCGUCCUACUGCAACCACCCACCACCGCCCUACGAACAGAUAUUUCAAAACAGCGACAAGAAGUAACGUCUGCACUAAGCACUGAGGACAUCGAACUUGACACAAGGGAAGGAAGUAAGGAAGGAAAGGAAAGAAGGAUGCAGCGAGGAGGAAUUAACAGGAAAAUCAGAUGAAGAUGAGGAAGAGGAGGAAAGCCUGACAAUUGUUUCCAACUUUUUGGAUGGAAAACACACAAUCUGUUGUUCAGUGGAAAAGACCAAAAGAGGCACCGUAACCAGAAUCAUCACACACACACACACACACACACACACACACACACACACACUCUAGAUGAUUAAUUUAUGUGGAUCUAUGUGUACAGUGACAGCGCCGGGCCGAGGACGGACCAGUUUAGGUUUAGGAUUCACUCACCAUCACCUCUCUCCUCCACCCUCCCAUCACAGCCACAGCUAGAACUUCAUGUAUUAAGAUGUCGGAGAUAUGAUUUUCUAAUUAACAAUAAUCACAAAAAGACACUGAUGUACACAAGGUUCUUAAAACCAGUUCCAGUGAUGACACUGCAGCCGGGGCUUUUUACUAAAUGAUGAGUUCUUGAUACAUUUUUUAUUUCAGUGUGUAGUUCAGUUGCGUAACGACCUAAUGAGCUACUACAGCAGUAACUGGCUCGUUCUCCUGUUCGCAGUGAUGAAGGCUUUCAGUUCAGCACCAGGUGAAUCACAUGGACGGAGCCAAGCUGAGACGGUUUGUACCAACUCUGACGUGCUGUGUAAAGCUCCCCAUGCUGGACGUACAGGACAGCAUGGGGAGCUUUGCACUAGCUACAGUAUGUGCUGCAGAUGCUGCAUUCAUGCACGAUCAGGAAAACCAACUGUUAUUCUGACUUGUGCUAUUCCAAGAUGGUUCCCCCGCUCUGUCGCCAGCUUUAAAAACGUCCGACUUAAGCAGCAGAUUUAAUUCGUUCAAAUAGUGGGAGCAGUUAAUUUGAUAUGAAUUUUUCACCUCGAUACACUUCAGUGAACUUUGACCCCUGAAUGAGCAGUUGACCAACAGAAGGCCGUGGUGACAGUGCUGACGUUUGGGGGAAGGAGUGCUCUCACUCCUCUGUCAGUGGGAACUACUUGUUUUGUAUUUUCACUGUAACUUGGAUCACUUUGGAAAAAGGUGUGUUCACCUGGUCAAAGAUUGAGGUGACACAGUCUGUGUUUACAAAGACCGGUUCAUGUACAGCUGGUUUUUGUGUGUACGCAUCAUUUAUGCAUCUGGCCCCUGGUCUUUAGCCUUUUAGUCCCGCCAGUUAAAAAGCCUAAAUUAGCUGCUUAUGUUGGAUUUAUAUUUGGAGCAGUUCAUUAACAAGUGAAACCAGAUACAAACAAACGAUGCACAGCUGCUUUUGCAUGUUUUUUUUAUGCACAACUAUUUUAAUUUUGAACAUGAAAACAGUUUGAUUCACUUUGUGACUCGAGUCACGAUGAAAGAUCUGUGUGUCACUGUGGCAGAGAGAGAUGGGCCGUCUGUAUUCAAUGUGUGUGUGUAGGUUUACAUUAGGGAGAAAUACUUGGCUAAAAAUUUAAAUCAAUGGUUUAAUGAUUAAAGGGCGUGUUGCCAUAAUUAAAUGUGCCAACAUUUACAUAAUUAGCGAGAAGUGGAUGCACAUGGUGGUUCUGCUGCUCUCGGUGUCGGGACGUGUAGGAUCUGCAGCAGUGAUCAGUGACGGAGCAUCAGCUGCUGGAGACUGACUCCUCAUUCACAUUCAUUUCUUCUCUCCUUAACAUUUACGCUAAGAUGUGCAGUUUUUCUUCAAGUUCCUGCAACAAAUAUCUCCAACACAUUGGUGGUGAAAUAUGGUGAAGUUCUCAUGGCAACAGUUGCUCAGGUAAAUCAGACCCUAGAUAAAAUGAAAUAUUUGAUUGAAAUCAGAGGAAAAGGAGCCAAACAAAAUGUAUUGAUGUGAUGAUUCCCUUAGCAAAGCUUCCUCUUAGUAAAAUAUGUGUUGUUUUUGUCUAAGUGAUUUCUUCAUAAACAGCCCCUGUUGUUGUGUAAGAGUGAACAGACUGUCACCUCUGCUCCACCUGGCUGUCUCAGUGCAGUCAGUGUGACUGUAUGUGGGAGAGGGAGAGACACAGUCGUCCUCUCAGACAGUCUGCUGAAUAUAGAGCAGCUCCGUGCUCCCAGCAGGACGUCAGGCAGCACGUCCACCAUCAACCUCCUGCUCCGUUUACUGUGUUCAGCCUGAGCUUCGUCCGAACAGCUCAGGUGGUAAAGGUCGUCUGCCAGUCGCUCUUCUGUGCUAACGCACCACGUCUAGACCUGGUCCAGGACUGUACAUGUUAUUGGUCUGUGUGGAUCUUAGCUGCUAUCACAGAUCUGCUCAUGAAAUUUGUUUUGUCUGUUGGAUUUCACAAGACUAGCUGUUCCCCCUGUGUCCAGUCUCUAUGCUAAGCUAACUUGCUAUAUCUCACUUCAUAAAUGCUUUUUUUUCAUCAUGCUUUAAAGUCUUUCCAACUAUUUACUGUUUUUAGUAUUUUCCUGUCACAAAUUUUCUGAGCGGUUCUGUGACUUAUUAUAAUGGUCCUGGAUCAGGACUACACUGUCGAGAAGUGUGACCAUUUUCAUGCCAAAAAAAUUCACGGUUUUUGCCAAAACUCUGGAAAAGGCAUUUGGAAACCAGAGUGAAAGCCCAGAAAAUAAUUGACAACAUCGUGUAUGAAAACUGAUCUAAAUGUCAGUUCAGAGUACAAAGCGUCACUUUGUCACGAUUGAAUUUACAUGUGUUUACUCAUGGUUAUUUAUUGACGUCCUGGGAACCGACGCCACGCUGAUGUUGUUUGUACAGAGUGAUGUGUGUUAUUUCACUGAAGAACAGAACGACUGCUCCAGUGGAGUAACUUGUGAUUUUUUGGUUCUUUUUGGACAUUUUGUGCUGCAAUAAUUACCCAGAAGAAGAAGAUGAUGAUGAUGAUGAUUUGGUAGUUAGAGGUAGCCGAGCUUUUUCUGUAGCAUAGUUUUGUCUUCGUCGCCAUCCCACCGACACACAACAAUCACUGACCACGCUGAAAACACAACGGGCCUUAUCCGAGAAUCUUUCUCAGCAAAGCUGCAAGGCCUUUCAUCUUACAAGUUUAAACUCCACAUUCAUUCAGAUUCAGAGUCAGAUUCAGUUUCUUUUCUCUUCAUGACUGGUCAGCAGGUACUCGCAUCUUUCAUUUAAAUUGUAAAUAUAGAGAGAGAUUGGAGAAAAGCAACAGGUUCGUUCUGCCUGUUGGGUUCUUGCGUGAGGCCUGUUCCUCCCUGGUUCAGACUGAAGACUUACAUCUGCUGGCCGUAACUGGUUCCACAGCUUCUGGACGACAUGACGACAUUUCCAUGUUUUAAAAAAAUGAAGAGCGCUUUGUGGCUUGCAUGGCUAAAAGAAGUUUUAAAAAGAAAUUUAAAAAAAUGAAAGGAAUAAACAUUGCCAGUGCGUGUAGUGAAAUCAAGUUUCUCAUCCUUUUUUAUGGCACAAAUAAGAACUGACCUGAUGGGAGUGCGAAAUAUGGAAGACCAAUUCUGCCACUGGAAAAAACAACUUUUAUUUAAAUUAAAAGGUAUUUGUUCUCAUUGUUAUGACUUUGUGUCGCAUAGAAAUGACACAAAAUUAUGAAAUAUUAUCAUAUCUUAUUAUGAGAAACAUCUUUUAUCAGCAUUUAGUUAGUAUCACAUACUUGAGGAAGUUUCUCAUAAUGAUAUUGUUUUUUUCAAAAAGAUACUAAGUCAUAAUGAGUUACCAGAUCAUAAGAUACUAUUAUAAGAUGAUAAUUCUGGCUUAGUACCCAUUAAAAUGAAAAGGUAAAUACAUAAUAAUGACUUGUUGGUGGAUUUUCUUCCAUAUGUCUGAAGGGGAGGUCAAGGAAUCACCAAAACCUAAUUCACAGCAAACAUAAGUGUACUGUAUUUUUCAUAUUAAAGAAUUAAACCUCAUUCACAGCAGGUCGUUAAGUUAAAGGCGUUAGUGUACCGACACCCAUUUCUUAAUCUGUAUACAGUAUUUAAAGAAUGACCACCGCCUGUCCUCCAGUGGACGCCGCUUUAUGGCCCCAGAUGUGGUUGUGAAAACCUGUACUGACUCUUUGUUACGGUGAUUUAGUUCAGAGUCUGCACCCUGUUUUAGUUUUAAAUAUUGUUUAUGGAUGGAGAGGAUUCCUGUCCUGGUCCAUCCAGCUGUGGUGCUGUUUCACAGUGAAAGAACAUCUGUAAAGCACACGCCAAUGUAGAGUCGAUGGAAGGCCACCUUAGAGACUCUCCUGACCCCAGUCUGGUUUCCGGGCUCCUACAGGAAACCAGUAGCGGGGUUUGGAACAAGACUGGGGCCCCUCACAGCAACAGAGUCUCUUCAGGUCUCAGGCUGUUUGAUGAUGGAAAUUCAUAGCACAAUAUUAGGAAAAGGUAUUCUGUUUAAUCAUGUAAAACUAUGCAACAGAUUCUAUAAUUGAAGCAUCUGAACCCUCAGUUCUCUCUUGUUAACUUCUCCUUUUCAUCUGCUUUGAGAAUUUCAACAUAAAAUAUCAUGAUACAUUGUGAAAUAUGUAAAUAAACUUCACUUCUGAUAAAAUGUGA